GUGACAAAAAAACCAAUUUAAAAAUGUCAACUUCAAUUAAAAACUGAGCAGUGAAAACGCGAUAAACGUAACGUGAAAAAUAUCAAACGUAAUACCUAGGCAACAGCCCCACCACCCCAUCCCCUUCAAAUUCCCAACCCAAACCCAAGCCAGAACAUGGAGCUGCGGUUACUUCUGUUGCUGCUCCUCCUAAACGGCAGCUGCCUGUGCGCUCUGGCGCCCAAGGAUUCGGCCAGCAGUGAUAAUAGCGCUGCCAGCCAUGCAAUGCUGGGAGGUGGCGCCGGCGCCGCCAGCGUUAGCCUCUCCAACGAUUAUAGCUCACUGCUGGCCGCCGCCAUGCAGCCGGUGGCCUCGUCCCCGGCACCGGCACACAGCGGGCCAAGUAAUCAGUGCACCUGGACAUAUAACGGCACCAGCUCGGUCUACUGUGCGCUGCGCUUAAUCGAGCGUCAGCCGGGCCUGGAUUUGCAGGGUGCCGAUGGCAGCAGCCAAUUGACCAUCAAAUGCAGCGAUUUGUAUCUAUUUGAAUCCCAGCUGCCGAUGGCUGUGUUUGCCCGCCUGCAAACGCUGGACACGCUGCGUCUGGAGUCCUGCAAGCUGCUGCAGUUGCCCAACAAUGCCUUCGAGGGCUUGAGCACACUGAAAGCUUUGAAGCUGAGCACACGCAAUGCCGAAUGGGGCCCGGCCAAGGCGCUGGAACUCUACCCGGACUCGUUAAAUGGACUGAAGCAGCUGACAGAGCUGGAUUUGAGCGAUAAUAAUUUGCGUGCCCUGCCCGCUGGCUUCCUGUGCCCCGUGGGCAAUUUGCAAACGCUCAACCUGACACGCAAUCGCAUACGCACCGCCGAACAGUUGGGCUUUGCCGACAUGAAUUGCGGCAGCGGGGGCACUGGCAGUGGCAGCGAGCUCCAGCUGCUCGAUGCCAGCCACAAUGAGCUGCGCUCCAUUACGGAAAGUUGGGGCAUCUCGCGGCUGCGUCGCCUACAGCAUUUGAAUUUACAGCAUAAUAAUAUCUCGGAGCUGUCGGGUGAGGCGCUGGCCGGUUUGGCCUCGUUGCGUAUUGUGAAUCUGAGCAACAAUCAUCUAGAGACGCUGCCGGAGGGUCUGUUUGCGGGCAGCAAGGAGCUGCGUGAGAUACACUUGCAGAACAACGAACUGUAUGAGCUGCCCAAGGGGCUGUUUCAUCGUCUGGAGCAGCUGCUUGUGGUGGAUCUGUCGGGCAAUCAAUUGACCUCCAAUCAUGUCGACAAUACCACAUUUGCCGGACUCAUACGUCUCAUAGUGCUUAAUCUGGCGCACAAUGCGCUGACACGCAUCGACUAUCGCACUUUUAAGGAGUUGUAUUUUUUGCAAAUACUCAAUUUGCGCAAUAAUUCCAUUGGCCAUAUCGAGGAUAAUGCCUUCUUGCCGCUCUAUAAUCUGCACACGCUCAAUCUCGCCGAGAAUCGCCUGCACACGCUGGAUGACAAGCUCUUCAAUGGUCUCUAUGUGCUCUCCAAGCUGACGCUUAAUAAUAAUCUUAUUAGCGUGGUGGAGCCAGCAGUCUUUAAGAAUUGUUCGGAUCUCAAGGAGCUCGAUCUUAGCUCCAAUCAGCUGAAUGAGGUGCCGCGCGCUCUACAGGAUUUGGCCAUGUUGCGCACCUUGGAUCUGGGCGAAAAUCAAAUACGCACCUUUGACAAUCAAAGCUUCAAGAAUCUGCAUCAAUUAACCGGUCUGCGUCUGAUCGAUAAUCAAAUAGGGAAUAUAACUGUGGGCAUGUUUGCGGAUUUGCCACGUUUGAGCGUCUUGAAUCUGGCCAAGAAUCGCAUACAGAGCAUCGAGCGGGGCGCGUUUGAUAAGAACUAUGAACUGGAGGCGAUUCGCUUGGAUCGGAAUUUUCUCUCCGAUAUAAAUGGCGUGUUUGCCACACUGGUCUCGCUGCUCUGGCUGAAUCUCUCCGAGAAUCACUUGGUCUGGUUUGAUUAUGCAUUUAUACCCUCCAAUCUCAAGUGGCUGGAUAUACAUGGCAAUUAUAUCGAAGCAUUGGGCAAUUACUACAAGCUGCAGGAGGAGAUACGCGUCAAGACCCUCGAUGCCAGUCAUAAUCGCAUUACGGAAAUUGGCCCAAUGUCCAUACCCAAUACCAUUGAGCUGCUGUUCAUAAAUAACAAUCUAAUUGGCAAUGUUUUACCCAAUGCCUUUGUCGACAAAUCCAAUUUGGCACGCGUCGAUCUCUAUGCGAAUCAGCUGAGCAAAUUGCAGCUGCAACAGCUGCGUAUCGCUCCGGUGCUGGCGCCCAAGCCCCUGCCGGAAUUCUAUUUGGGCGGCAAUCCCUUCGAGUGCGACUGCACCAUGGACUGGCUGCAGCGCAUCAAUAAUCUGACGACACGCCAGCAUCCGCGUGUCAUGGAUAUGCCAAACAUUGAGUGCGUCAUGCCGCAUGCUCGCGGUGCUGCAGUGCGUCCGCUAAGCGCGUUGCGUCCACAGGACUUUCUCUGCCGCUACGAAUCGCAUUGCUUUGCGCUGUGCCAUUGCUGUGACUUUGAUGCCUGCGACUGCGAGAUGACCUGCCCGCACAAUUGCACCUGCUAUCACGAUCAGAUUUGGUCCACCAAUGUGGUCGAUUGCGGCAAUCAGUUGACCAUGGAGCUGCCGCGUCGUGUGCCCAUGGACUCGAGCAUUGUCUACUUGGAUGGCAACAAUUUCCCGGUGCUCAAGAAUCACGCCUUCAUUGGACGCAAAAAUCUGAAGGCCUUGUACGUGAAUGGCAGCCAGGUGGCAGCCAUACAGAAUCGCACUUUCGCCAGUCUGGCCACACUGCAGCUGCUGCAGCUAUCCGAUAAUCGCCUGCAGACGCUGCAUGGUUAUGAAUUUGAGCAAUUGUCCGCCCUGAGGGAGCUGUAUUUGCAUAAUAAUCAACUGGCCAACAUUGAGAAUGGCACGCUGGCGCCGUUGGUUUCCUUGGAGCUGCUGCGUCUUGAUGGCAAUCGCCUGGUCACAUUGCCCAUCUGGCAGCUGCAUGCGACACACUUUGGUCAGCGACUGCGCGCCAUAUCGCUGGGCCGUAAUCAAUGGAGCUGCCGCUGUCAGUUCCUGCAGGCGCUCACCUCCUAUGUGGCAGACAAUGCGCUGAUUGUCCAGGAUGCACAGGAUAUCUACUGCAUGGCGGCGCCAAAUACUGCAGCUGCAGCUUAUGCGGACAGCAGCUCGACGGGCGCUGCCACACAGAAACGGGAAUUGGAUUUCAAUUCAACUGGUGCGGCUUGCACCGACUACUAUUCGGGUGGCUCCAUGCUGCAGCAUGGCAUACCCGAAUCCUAUAUACCGCUGCUGGCCGCCGCCUUAGCGCUCAUAUUUCUGCUGGUCGUCAUCAUCAUUGUGUUCGUCUUCCGGGAAUCCCUGAGAAUUUGGCUUUUUGCGCAUUACGGGGUGCGCGUGUUCGGGCCACGCUGCGAGGAAUCCGAGAAACUCUACGAUGCCCUAUUGCUGCACUCCGCCAAGGAUUCGGAGUUUGUGUGCCAGCAUUUGGCCAGUGAACUGGAAACGGGUCGUCCGGCGUUGCGCGUCUGUUUGCAGCAUCGGGAUUUGGCACAUGAUGCCACACACUAUCAGCUGCUGGAGGCGAGUCGUGUGUCCCGGCGUGUUGUCAUCCUCUUGACACGCAAUUUCCUGCAAACGGAAUGGUCACGCUGUGAGCUGCGCCGAUCCCUGCACGACGCACUGCGGGGUCGCCCACAGAAGCUGGUCAUCAUUGAGGAGCCCGAGGUGGCCUUUGAGGCGGAGAGUGACAUUGAGCUGUUGCCAUAUUUGAAGACGUCGGCGGUGCAUCGCAUCCGGCGCACCGAUCGUCAUUUCUGGGAGAAGCUGCGCUAUGCUCUGCCCGUCGACUAUCCCACCUAUAGGGGCAACAACUAUACGCUGGACCAUAAUCACGAGCGCAUCAAGCAGCCGGCCAGUCCGGGUCUGCUCUAUCGCCAGGCACCGCCGCCUGCUUACUGUGGACCGGCGGAGGCGGCGGCUGCAGUGGCUGCUGCUGCUGCCGUCGCUGAGCAAAACUAUUCCACGGCUACGACGGCCACGCCCAGCCCCAGACCGCAGCGACGCGGCGAACGUGAGGGUGUGGGCGUGGCGGUUGGCGUGGGCGUCAAUCCAGGCGGGCCGCAUCAUUUGCAUGCACAAUAUUAUCAACACCAUGGCAUGCGCCCGCCCUCGGAGCACAUCUACUCCAGCAUCGAUUCGGACUACUCCACGCUGGACAACGAGCAGCACAUGCUUAUGAUGCCAGCUGCCGGAGCAGCAGCUCCGCUCGAGGCACAGCAGCGGGCACAGACCUGGCGACCACAGCCCAAGCAGCAGCUGCAGACGGCACAUGCGGGCACACUCGGUCCCAGCACAGCGGUCAAGUCCAAUCCUCAACAGCAGCAACAGCAGCAGCAGCAACAACAACAGGCGAGUGGCCAACAGCAGGGCCCACAUGUGCAGGCGUAUCUGGUAUGAAGAGAGGGACAGCGUAAGUUGGAGCAGGAGACGUAUUAAGUGAAAGAGAAGCAGAUAUAUAUGUUGGAGGAUGCCUGUCCAGCAGUUGGACAGAGCGACAGUGAUUUCUAUAGGGACUGGUUCCUGGUGCAUCAUUUUAAUUACUAAAAUAUGUGCGAGCUAAAAUUAAGAGAAAGGGCGAGAGACAGCAAAGGGUGCAUUAGAGAAGGAGACAAAGAAAGAGAGAGUGGGAGUAGGAGCGGGAGUGGGAGAAAGAGAGAAAGCGAGUGCGAGUGCGAGGCAGCUAAAGUAAAUUAUAAAUUCUGUCUAGAGUCCAAAAUUGCAGUUAUACAAACCCAAAGAAAAACCUAACAUGGCGCACACACUAAAAGCGAACACCCCCGCACUCAGCCCCCAGCUGUAUCCCCCCUUCAAACCCAUUCAGGAAGUGCGCGCAGCGUAACAAAUAUUUUGUUUACCCAGUGUAAAGUCAUUUUAGUGCACUGUACAAACAUAAAUCCAAGUACAUUAAACACAUAGACAUAUACACGGGCACGACCAAAAGAUACAGAUACAAACUAAAAGAUACAAAUACAGUUGCACUUGCAUUUGUUUGUGUUCUGUUUGCUGUGUUGUGUGUGUUGUGUUGUGUGUGUUGUGUUUAUGUAGCAAGUCGCAUGUGUUGCAUGAAUUGUGCUUAGGGGCACGGAGUAGUCAGAAUGGGUGAGGUAGAGGGGGGCGUGGCAAUGUCAAGUUGUUGUUGUGUGAGCUAAAAUGAAGUUUCCACAAAGUUCAGCUGCAGUUGCAGAAAACUUUUGCCAAACGGCAUUUUCAUUCAUUCAUUUUCCCUUUAGAGCUGCAAAAUGCGUUUAGUGCAUUUGCCAGCUAACUUUUUAAUAUGCUUUUAAUCAGUUUGACCAAGAAACAAGCUUAAGAUUUAUAAACUGCACAAAGAUUUUGUAUUAUAAAUGUCCGUCUAUAUAAACACACUUUGACAAUUGACAAGGUGUAUUUAAAUAAUGCUAGCAAAGUUGAUUUAAUUUAUAAAUGACUUAUCUUUUCAAAUUGUCAGUUUUAUUUCUUAGAAAUCUGGUAUUGACAUAAAAAUUAAUUAAUACAACAUGUUGUAAUAGUUUUGGUUAUUUUAAAUAAUUUUUUCAUUUCAAAUUCACAAUCCGAAAAGUUUUCUGUCUCGUCAAAAACUUAGCAAUUUUAGCCUAAUUUACUGAAAUCAUUUUAUAAAAUGUGCUGCCAAAUUUCGUUUAACUAUCUUUAAGGUAAAGCUAAAACAAACAUUUAUUUGACUAUUUCUAUAGAGCUUUAAAGAAAACUGCCGCCUAUUCAUUGCUCUGCUCUCCACCCUUUGCUCCCCCUUACAGCGCAAAUCCUCGUAUAUGUAUAUAAAGAAAACACGCCUAAAAUAGUUAUAUAGAUAUGCCUAAAUAUAAGUAAAUGCCACUGCAAAUACGUAGUCUCCUUUAAUUAAUUAAAUACACACAUACAUCUACACUUACACACACAUGCAGAGAACUUGAACUUGUGUAAAAAAAAAACCUUCAACAAUUAGCUAGCAAACGUAAAAAACUCUAAAUAAUAAAACCAACUAUGCAGUAAAGCUCAUUUUAAACACUUACGCUUACCAAAAUAUUGUAAUAAUAAUAUUAAUAAUAAUAAUAUCAAUAUAAAAUAAUAAUAGAAGUUUCAUAAAUGGGUUAAACUACAUGGCGUAUACACAAUAUAAACACAUGCAUACAAAAAUACUAAAUAUAUAUAUAUAUAUGUGACUGUA